UCUGUGGCAACUAUCACUUCCGGUAAUGCUUUGGCGGUACAAAAAAUAUUUCAAAAUACUAUUUAUAAAAACACUGAAAGAAUGCAAUCUAAUAGAAACACUUAAAACUAAGUGAUCAUGACCAUGUUAUUUAUAAGAGUCCAACAGUGUAAACCUAUAUUAAAGAUGUCAUAGAAAGUGAUGGAUCUAAAAGACAGUAUCAGUAUAGAGGAUUUGUCAGCUGUUGCUGAAGAAGGGCAGUCAACCAAUAUAGACAAUGAAUACUCCUUCAGCCGAAACAAACCUCUGGCUAUGUCUACUGUUGCCAGGGGAAACGGAAAUAAAGCACGAAUUGGAGAUGAUGUCAAAAGUGGGUCAUUUAUUAAUAACAAUUCUGUCUCUACGCCCCCUGGUGGGGAAAGUAAUCCAUCCAUACAUCAGUUGAGAUUAUCCUUCAGUGCAUUUGAUCAGUCAAACCAGUUAUUGAAGCCGAGAGAAGUGACUGGUAGUAAAUCUGAACAGCUCCUUUCAAGACAGGAUGAUAGUUUAUUGUCUCAGAAUGAUUGGGGUCAGCCUCCAUAUGGAAUAGGGCCAGGAGGAUAUGAAGCCAGUAGAAAUUCUUCAUUGGGUUUAAUUCAGGUGGAUGCAAUGAGUGAUUUAACUGGUAGUGAAUUUAAUUUAUACAUGCCUGGUAUGGAUCAAACAAAGACUGGAAAUAGAUCAGUGCAAGGAUCCAGUAGCACAGAAAAUAAGACUGGUACCACUUUGCAAAGUUCCAGUCAAGGAAACAGCUUGGGAAACAGUCAGCACAUCAGUGAUAAUCAACCAGCCUUUUUCAGGCAUGAUGUAGAUACUGUUAAGAAGAAGCCAUCAGAUAAACCAGCACCCGUCCCAGAAGGACCUGUCAGACAGUCACUGGUUUUUCAGGAAAUGUUCAGCAAUCAGCAUGAUGGGGAUGUGACCGUACCAGAGGUCAAUAUAGACGAGGAGCUGAUGCAGUUGGAUGAUGAUUUCAGUGACUUUGAUGAUACUGGUAUAGAGGAUGUAGACUGUGAUAAAAAAGAUGUGACACAAGAUAAUGGUGUUUUAGAUUCUAUCUAUCUUAAAAUGAUGUCCAGCGGUGGAGAUGGAGCAGAACUAACACAGAAUACCAAGUUAUUUCCAAGUCUUAGUAAAGUCACUCUUUUUGAUGAUGUCGGCAGUAAUGAUGAUUUAAGGGAUGUGGAGGGAAAACAGACAGGACAAAGUAGUGAGAUAGAUACAGAGGAUGAACUGGAAAUGGCUAGACAGUCUAUGGGUUUAGAAAGAGAGGUAGGAGCUGGUCAGUGUUCAGAUAACCGUGCCUCUAUACCCAGGCCAGGUGUGGAAGGUACCAGUCAGCAGGAAUCAUCUGGUCCACAAAUGUCAAUAGCAAUGAGACAAUCAGCUGAAGGUGAUGUAGUUACCUCCCCUGUUCCUGGUGAUGGUGGUGGAGGUGGGGAUGGCAGCAGUGGAUCAGACAAUGAAGACACUAGACGAUCAACUGAUGCCAAAAAUUUUCUUGAUACCUUCCGAUCAAACUUCAAACCUGUGAUGCCUCCACCAUCAGGAAGUCUGGAUAUUGAGCAAUAUGUAGUAUCAGAACAAAGAGUGAAGCCAAUGGGAGAUGAUCUUUUGACAGAAAAGGGCAUGGACAGAUAUUCUAAUUAUCAGGCACACACUAUGGAGGAAGAGUCUUUAUUACAAUCCAGGUAUUUAGCACCCACCCCAAUGUUUAAUGCUACUGAGAAUACCUCCCAAUUAAGAUGGAGUGUAGACAAUACAGCUGAUUACCAGACAGACCCAGGGAACAGACUGGAAGCCUCUGGUUUUAAUGCUGAAGAUGUGUUUUCCAAUCAGCAGGAUGAUAACCCUUUUGGAGAAGUCAACAACUCCUUUGGAUCAUUUGGAGCCAGUCCCCCUCCUAGACAAAGUCAUGAUAUGACUCCACCUGGAGAUAUGACUCUGGAACCACCUGUUAGUCCUCGGACAAGUGUAGACAGUAAAUCAUAUCGUAGCAGUAGUAGUCCUCCUAAAUUUGACCAACCAAAGUUCUCUACAGCGUCCCCUCAGACAAGACAGUCUUUGAGAAAUAGUCAGAAAUCAUUACAGGAGGCAAAACUAGCAGAGAAAAUUGGAGUGGAUUUGGCUUAUGUUAGUUCACUGUCAACUGAAGCUGCUGAACAGAAAGCUCUAGUAGAUGAAAUGGUAGCACAGGGAAACCUUGGUGUUAAUUUUACUGUUCAUGAAGAUUUUAUGUCAGCAGAUAGGGCAAAAGACUUUUUAGACACAGAUGAAAAAGAAUUUGAAAAAGAAAAUAUCUUCAGAGAGGAUGAAAAAAUGGACAGUGAUGUUUUCCCCGAAUGUUACUCCUGGUCGUACAAAAGUAAGAUCGCAGACGGUGGAGAGGAUGAUCUGUGUAGGAUAUCUGUUGGUCAGUUUAUGAAGAGUCGUUCAGGUCAACUGGGGUCACUUGAUGGAGAUGGUCCAAGGCCUGAUUUUGGAAUGAUAAUUAAAACCCCUCCCAGUGAUAGAAAGAUUUACCCAUUGAUUGAGACCACUGUGACUGAACCAGAUCAGACAUCCAGCAUUGAGGAGGAUGGUACACUUCAUAUGAGUGAUGGCACACUUCACAUGAGUGACAUAUCUAGAUUCAUGUCGUCUGUGUCCAUGUCUAAAGAUCCUAAAGAGAUAGCCAAUAUGGUCAUGGCAUGGUCACAGAAACAGAGUACACAUAAAUCAUCAAAAUUACCAGUCAGAAAGGGAACAAAUUUGAAAUUUCGGGACAAAAAAUUGUCAUCUGAAGAUAUGAGUUUAUCUGAAAUCCCUGAACUACAGAAUUCUAUUGAUGGUGAAAAGACUAAAGAUAUUCGAAGAAGUAUUGAUAAAUCUGUGAGUGUUUCACAUGAGAAACCAUUAAAUACAUUUUCCUAUGAGAAUAAAACAAAUCCCGACGGGGAAGAAUCUGAUAAGGAGGAGAAUAACAAACCCAGACAUAGUGUUAUAACACCACCUAAACUGUCGUCAGAAAACUUUGUGGUAGAUGGUUAUUCACCGAGACUUAGCAUUUCUAGGAUAAAAUCUCCCGUCAGGACUGGUAGAUUGGAUCAAUCUUCAGAUAGAUUUAUUAACCCUCAAAGAGAUAAUGAAGUGCCCCAAGUUACAAGUACUCGUCAGACUGAAGGAGCAUCUUUUAGUUUGGGAACAUCAGCAUCUUUGUCUGCAAGAAGUAGUAUGAAUGAUGAUAUAGUAAAAGAUGGAAGGAGUCCAAGGGUAAACACAUCUGGUUGGGCGGGUCAUCAUAUUCCCGAUGGUACAGAGUACAGUAAAUCGUCUGAACUCCAUCAUGUGAUGUCACGACAGGAGCUAGUGGGGACAGAAGAUAUACAGUUAGUGGAUUCAAGGGGGUUUGAUGCUAUUUCAGAUAAACAUACAGUGCCUCAACCUAUACAGAAAAGACAUUCUGAUUUUGAUCCAAAGAAACAUCAUGCCAUGUUAAAAACCCAAGGAAAUAAACAUAAACACAGCCAUUCUGCAGAAAGUUUAGCUCUAAAUAGACAUAGUGACAAUUUAACUUCUACUCCAGUGAAAAAGUAUGAUCUAAUUGGUGAAUUCAAAUCUUUAGAUGCACUGAGUAAAACUUCUCCCAACCGUCACUUGUCUGAUCCCAAUUAUCAUAAAUCUGAUUCAGGAGAUCAACAAUUCUCUCAUACUUUCCCUGAAACUUUGUAUGCUCAACCACGAACCAGCAGUGAUGUUAAAUCCUUCUAUACUACACAGACCACCAGUGGUCAAACUCAUUCACAUAAUACUGGAGAUCAUGUGGCUCAAAAUAGAGCAUUUAAUUCAACAUCAUCUAGUCAUGAACACUCUACAAUGUCUACGAAUCAAAGGGCAAUAGAUGACAAAAGUUUAAUGCCGCCACCACAAAUACCAAGCUUUCGACAUGAUCUCUUACCAAGACAACCACCACAAGAUAAACCAACAUUACUCACCUCAGAGUCCAUGUUGUCGCAAGAUUUUGCAAAGGAUUAUUUGGUCCGUGAUAAUCCAGGAAGAUUAAUUAAUCGUAACGUUCAUCCCAAACCACUUGAACAUCCGAUAGACUCUGAUGAUAUGUUGCCUCAUAGGGAUUCAGAUAUUCCACUGCCAACCCAUUACGAUUUCAUGGGGGAUAAUAUGAAUAUAUCCAGUCGGUUACCAGUAUAUCAGAGUACGCCAUAUAACAACAGGAAUGACACAACUAUUAUCACCCCGAGUAGCAUGCACACGAUGAUGUCAACGGGUAUGAUGCAUGAACUGCAGGCAGAAAAUCUUACAGUUAUGGAAGAUGAAUGUUCCCAUACAAGAACAUCACCAAGAUCAGAUGGCCACCAACUUAGAACUCCACCAAGAUUGUCUGCUGUUACAGCAUCAAGAAUGUUACAUUUUGAUGAUGUCUGCUGUGUAGGCAUAUCUAUAGAGAGGAAAUUAGAGUUGACUAAUCCAACCAAUAGUUGGUUAGAAUGUUACCUGCAGGUACAGGAAUGGACAAUAGAUGGUCGGGAAGUCAAUAUAAUGAAUUACCUACCAUUUGAAAUGAAAAGGAAGGUUAUUAUAGAACCACAUACCACUGAAAAUGUUACAGUAAUUUUUAUACCCAAACUAGCUGGUGCAUAUGUAGCAUCUUUGAAUGUUACGUCCAGUUUAUUUCUACAAGACAACAGCGUACAUAUACAGAAGAUACCAACAGUUGUCACAUUACAGGCCAUAGCAGAAGACCCACAGAUACAGGUGAGGACAGAGAGUAAUAACAAGUGUAUGAACUUUGGAGAGGUCGCCUGGGGAUCAUGUCAUGAAUUAUCCCUACAGAUCAUCAACAGAGGACGAGCCACCAUUCCUUUACGACUUUCUAUAUUGUUGAGCCAAGGAUCCUGGCAUGCAUUUUCCUUUGACACCAAGUUAGCUGAUAUUUCUGUAAUAUCCCGUAGUAGUCGGCCCCAGUCAGCAGCUAUGGGGAGGACUGUUAUGCCCCUCAGUGUUGAAGGAAGGACUGUUGAUUCAGAUCCUACCAUUUAUGACAUCAAAAUCUACUGUCGACCUCCAGAGAAACAGUAUAGUAGAGCAAUGUCCCAGUACCCACCCACUGAAAUGUAUGCCAGAAUAGAAGUGGAAGUAGACACACCAUCACAUCUACCUUUAAUCAGCUCAAUAGAUCUCAAGUCUGUAGUGGGCGUGGCCAAACUACAUUUAUCUAGACAGCUGGAGAUGCUACAAUUCAAAACCUCUGUUAAUCAGAGAGCAAAUCAGACAUUUAAUUUAAGAAAUGCUGGAAAUAUUCAUAUGGAACUAUGUUUAGGAGUGACAGAGUAUCCUGAGUUCUUUACAGUAAGUCCAUCACAGUUUACCAUUCCACCCGGACAAGAAAAGCCAGUUACAGUUACUAUCUUACCAAGUACUGGAAUAUCAUUUGAAACAAUCCUCCUGAUGAGAAUUUUACCACAAGGUCCGGAUUAUGACCUUCCAAUUCAAGUAGAAGUUCAGAAAGAGGUCCAAAGGAUACAAGGUCCUGUCCUGCUUGGUGACAGACAGUUCAUAGAUUUUGGUGGUGUACAAGUUGGACAGUCUAUGAUAAAAAGAUACACUUUAAAAAAUGUAACUCGGUCACAGUUAAAAUUAUCUUUGGAAAUCAGAUCUGACACAGAUAGCUUCCAGUUACUAUGGAAUGAUAGAAGAUCUUAUACCAGAGAAUUAAUGGUCAAUGGUGGUGACAAGUUUCUGGUCAAUGUGGAAUAUCGUCCUUCAGCUGUCAGACAACACCAUGCCAAACUAGUGGUUAAACCUGUAGGAAUGACUGUCAAAUACUCUAUUCCAUUAGAAGGUUAUGGAGGGUCAAGUCUUCUAGUGAUAGAAGGAGCCAGUGUAAUUGAAGGUGCUAGUCUGUCAGAUCAGAAGUAUUUACUGAGCUUCAGUGGAAUAGAGCCCAGUAAAUGUCAGAUACAGAAGAUUGUUAUAAGAAAUGUUGGACCCAGAGCUGCUUAUGUUAAAUCUCUGUGCUUCACAGAUCCUAGUUGCAAACAUUUAGUACGACCACCUAAAGUUCUUAUUGAACCCUGUGAGUUUGUUGUGAAAGAGAAAAGUACCAGGAGUGUGACAGUUGUGUUUAACCCAACAGAGAGAGAAUGUGCCUUGUGUAGUGAAGGAAGGGAGAUAAUAGCUGCUGUAGCCUUCUUGUUUGGUGAUGAAGUCAGUAGACAGAGAAUGAGAAGAGUAUUACAUAUGAAGCAAGGUAGUAGAAGGAUCAGUAGAUCCCUGUGUGAUGACAAUAUUUUAUACUCUAUAAACUUUAACACACAAUAUAUAGAUGAAGACGCCGUGGCCGAUCUACCAUCUGCCAUAAUGGAGGUAGGACCAACUAAAGACAUUGACCUGUUCUAUAAGAAUAUGUCCAAGGUUACACUGACCUUGGUUGCUUCGGCAGCAUCUACAGGAAUUUAUUCUAGUAAUCAUGGGAAAUUUGCAUCCACGAUGCAAAACGGAGACUUUGCCACACCCCAGAAUUUACGAAAUCAUGGUAAUCUUGCAUCCACUAUGCCAUCAGACUAUCUGUGUGACAAAAUACCAUCAAGGAAUAUGCCAACGAGACCUCUGCCUUCCUGCUCUCGCAGUGAUAUGGCUUCUUCAAUGCCUUUAAGCCACAUGCUAGACAAAAAUUACUCCGCAAGUACAUCAAGUAACACUUCACAAACAUCUAGUCACUUUACAGGAACCAUGCCAACGGAUGCCCAUGUCAGUGAUGUAUCAAUGAUACCAGUCAAAUCUAUAAACAGUAUGAAGGAGUCGGUGUCCCAAACUAUGCCAAGCCCCCUCAUUGGUCCAUUGUUUACAAGAUCUGUACUGACAGACCAUGAAGAUAAAUCUGAUUGGGUUAUAAAGCCAGAACAGCUUAUACUUCAUGCUCCAACUAAAGUUGAUGAUAGACCUGAUGUUUCCAAGUUCCAGAUUAUCAACUUCCUAAAUAGAGAGCUUGCGUUUAAAAUGUCGUGGCUUGGGCAGUGGGUGAAGAUUACACCUGAAACAGUAACCAUUUCACCGAAAAGUACAACAUCUAUAUGCAUUAGUCCAAGUGCCAGAGUAUUACAGAAUAUGGAAACAUUACCAUGGCAAGGAACAGUCCAUAUAUCCUGUGAACAUCAGUACAAGAUUCUAAAUGUACAGAUAAGAAAAGAUGUGGUUGAAGGGAAUGCCAACAAGAAUUUGAUGCCACUGUUUAAACAGGUGUCUGCCGCACCAACAAUCUGUAUACCUGCUGAUACAGACAAUCCAAGUCUACAGACUACACAAGUUAACUUCUCACCAACUAAAAUAGGGGACAUGUCGGAAACCUACAUUGACCUUUCUAACGUGUCUACUGAGACUUUACGAUGGACAAUAUCAGUGUUUGCUCCACCAUAUGUCAAGGGUGCAGAUAAUUCUAAGGAUGUAUUCAGAGCUACGUACAAAGUGUUUGCAUUCUCUGAAAAGUUUGGACAUUUAGAUGGCAAACAUACCAUACAAAUAUGUGUACAGUUUAUGCCGAGAUCUAAAGGAACAUUUUCACAGUUCUGGGAGGUCCAGUCUAGAGGAUCAACAUCUAACAGUGUUAGAAUAGAGCUUAAAGGGGAGAGUAUUGAGGAGGAAAAGAAACCAAAAGAACAAGAUACAAGGAAGAGAAAUGAAGCCUCAUUGUUUACCCUGGAGAAUGAAGAAGAGACUCAGAAGUUUUCACCAUGUGAUAUAGGACAUGUACAAAUGUUAAAAGUCCAGUUAAAGAACAGAUCUUCUGCUCCACAAACUGUUGAGGUUAUUACCCCACAGCUUCCAUUUGUAGUGAAGCAUUCUAGUUUUACAUUAAAACCUAAAAGCUUUAUAAGAUUCCCAAUAGAAUUCCGCCCCAGUCAGCACGGUGGAUUUGAUGGACUUGUUAUAUUUAAAGCUAACAUUGGAAGUACUGUCAGCUGUAAAGUGCACGGAACAUGUAAAAAGAUUUAAAUUGAAAGGGAGACAACUUUGAAUGUUUGGUUUCUGUAACAAAUAGGCUAAGAAUAAAUAUAUAUCUGU